AUGAGUGAAGAACAUCAGGAAGUAGUUGCUGCCGAGGAAGGACCAGUUCCUGUCCUCAAGUGGGAUCUAGGGCUCUUUGAACAGAUCGUUCGGAGCUUUCGAUUCCCACCGGAGUGGGAUGCCCGGUAUCCGGCUCAGGGCCAGACCGCGGCUGAUGCACCACCUGGGUACAUAACCCUAUAUGAAGAUUUCUUUCUUCAAGGUAAUUUCAGAUUACCGGCUACAAAUUUCUUGGGAUCUAUUCUCCAUUACUACAACUUCCAUCUAUCGCAGAUGAGCCCACCCGGCAUGGUUAGGGUACGACACUUCGAGUUUUUGUGCCAUUCUCAUGGCAUUGAGCCAUCUGUAGAGAAAUUCCGGGCCUUCUAUCAGUUGCAAAGGACGAUGGGGUUCUUCUCCUUCGUAAGCCGUGGUGCGGCUAAGAAGAUUCUGUUAAACCCACCGAAGAGUUUCCAUGAUUGGAAACCCAAGUUCUUCUUUAUCCGGGAAGAGGUUUUGCCAAUUGCCAUGCCCUUUAGGGAUUGGACUGAGGCUAUACCGAAGGAAGACCUUCCGAUUCCUAAGAAGGCCCAGUGGUAUCAACAGCUGACCCCAACCCCGAAUCGGGUGUUUGGGGAAAACGUUUUGGUUGCGGCUAAGAUGAGUGACCAGUGGUCACCCAACAGCAGGGAAGUUCCGGUGUUGAAGAUCGGUGAUCAAGGCUUGUCGCGUACAGCUAAGGCAAAAACUGGUGCAGGUGGCUCAAAAAGCUCUGGGAGCGCGGGUUCUCGUAACCCUGAUGCUGGCGCGACCCCUGAGGAUGAUGAAGCGGAAGAAGAAGAUGUUGCUGCCCAACUGAUUGGCAGGAAGAGAGGUAGGAGCGAAACCACAGCUGGUGUGGCUUCCGCGCCUACUGCUGUUGUGCUUCCUGUGGUCGGGAAAACGAGCAACUUGCGCUCCUUGUAUAAAUUUUCUCCGGAGAUCAAGAAGAAGACCCCUGAGAAGGGUGUCACGUUCAGUGAGGCUGCGUCAAAGAGGCCGAAGAUUACCAUCAAAUCUUCUGAUGCUGCUGCUCAGGACGCCGCGAAGGCUGCUGAGGCUCAGCGAAAGGCGCAGGAGAAUCAGAAGAGAGAGGAAGAAAGGAUGAAGAAGAUUGAGGAGGAGAAGAGGAGGAAGGAUGAGGAAGAGAGAAAGAGGAAGGAGGAGGAGAGGAAAAGGAAGGAGGAGGAGGAGAGGAAAAGGAAGGCGGUGGAGGAGAGGGUGGCCGAAGCGGCGAGGAAGAGGGCCCUGGAGGAGGCAGAAAAGAAGAAGGCUAUGGAGCAACCUAUUAAUGUUCAAGGGCCUGAGGCUACAAACCCUACCCACUCCGCGCAUGUCGUUACUUCUAAGGGUGCGGGUCGAUAUGCUUCAAGCAGCGCGAGCUCUGGUCGUGCAGGGGGUUUUAACCCGAACGUGAUCGGGGCGAAGGAUACCGUCGGCGAUAUCUACUAUAAAACUUAUAAUGAAGAAGAACGCGGCGAUGCCCCUCACCAAGCCCCUUGGAGCUUAAAGCAAAAAGAUACAUUUCAUGAAUUUGCCCCUUGCCGCGAGUGGUUUUUGAAUUCGUUUACCCCUUCAGAAGUUAACCGGCAAAGGGCGAAACCCCAUGAAAUGUUAUAUCGCACCUUUAUACUUGGAGAGGCCAACGCUCGUGCUGUCAAUCACCAGAUAGUCCGUGAAUGGCGAACAAUGGUUAGAGAGCGCGCCGACUGUGAGGCUUAUCGUGAGCGCUCGUUAAAACGUAUCGCUGAGUUUGAAAAGUCUAAGGCUGCUCUUGGUGAGGAGAGAGCCAAAUUUGAAGCCGAUAAGAAGGCCGAAGAAUGGGGCCGCGAGGGCUUGCAAAAGAAACUCCACAAUGUUGAGGAGCAACUGGCCAAAGAGAAGGCCGAGUUUAAACGUAUUUGUGCCCAAGACAACGAGCGCGCCUACGCGGCUCGACAGAAGAUUGUUGAUCUUGAGGCUAAAGUUGCUGACUUGACAUCGAAGGUAGAGGAGGCGCAGGGAGAGAAGGCUGCCAAGCAGCAGAUGGAGGUUGAGUUGUCUGAGGUCAAGGUGCAGCUGUCUAGCAAGGACAGAGAUCUCCACGCCAAGGACGUUGAGAUUGCGGAGCUCAAACGUCGCUUGAACGAGCAAAUCGACAGAUGUGAGUCGUUGGAGAUCGACCUGGAGGCCGAGAUGGUUAAGGCUGCCACGGCUGAGGAGGCGCGUGCUGUCAGCACUGCUGCGCUUAACGUGGCUCAAACCAACUACUCCGAGGCCCAAGGAAUCGUUGACACGCUUGUCUCGGAGGCUGAAUGGAUGCGCACGCGUGGAGUAGCGCUUGUUGCCAACUCCAUCUUAAAUGCUGGCGAGCUCGAUCGCGCCGUUGCUGCUCUCACGGAUGCGGCGCGUGCGGUGGGUCAUCGAGGAGGUUACUUGGAAUGUGCCAGUCACGUUGAGCAGAUACUAGGGCAAGAAUUUGAUGUAAGCCAUUGCUCGGUAACUGAUCGUGCUGAUGCUGCGCUUGCACAUGCUGAAAACUCGUAUGACAACCUUAGCUUGCCUAUCAUGGACCUGGUUGUGGAAUCUUUGAAAAAAGACGACUGGUGCCAGCGUCUUAAAGCAGUCCUCGACCCACCAGUUACCGUCGAACUAUCCGAUGAAGAGCCAGCUGGUGAUGACGGUGGAGAUGGAGAUGAUGAUGGCGACGAUGACGAUGGUGAGGAUGACGGAGAUGAUGAUGGUGAUCGACGCGAUGAAUAG